UUGCCUGCCUGGACCAUGACGCAUUCAAACAAGCUCCCAGACAACGCGGAGAGAGGAACAGCGAGAUUCCUGAAGCAUCAGCACGCACACCUCUACUCAUCGAGUCUCCAGCAGACCAUCAUGAACACCAGAAAAUCAUCCAUCAUGCUGUUUUUCUGCCUGUCCUUCUUGGUUCUUGCAGAAGGACAGAGCAUCUCCUCCGCAGCCUUGUACUGCCGCUGCAUCACCAAGAGACCCAUGGUGCAAGAGAAGAGAAUCCGGAGGCUGGAGGUCUUCCCACCCGGCCCACACUGCAGCCACACGGAGAUCAUUGUGACCCUUGGAAACAUGCAGAGACUCUGCCUGAAUCCAAUGGACAAGAAUGUAGAGAGUUACAUUAAUAGGGUAAUGCGCAAAAAAUGAUUGGGAGGCAGGCUACUGGAUGUAUGGUCCCCAGUAACACAGAGCCCACAGCAUUUAGAGCCCUUUCAUGGAUGCAUGCAACAUCUACACUGUACAUGCUGCAUGUAUGUAUUGCAGCUGAGAACUCCAAAGAUUACAUUGGUGGACUGCAGUGUCUAAACGGCCCUUGGUGAUUUUGUGUGUGUGUGUGUGUGUGUGUGUAUGUGUAUGUGUAUGUGUAUGCAUAGACCAAGCACCCCCUGCUCAUCCCAAUGUGCCCUUGAAGGGACACUAGCAUCACCCUGACCCUGGUUUUUGGAUGGUUGUGUGGUUAUUCAAAAUGAAAGGAUAUAAUGUAUGCAUGUCUAUUGAACAGACAUAGCGUCAUUGCAUUAUUUAUUAGUAUUUUAUAUUGAUUCAUAUUUUUUUACUUAUGAAGCUGCAAUAUUGUAACAAAGAAUAAAUUCUUUUACAAUAA